CUCCUGCAUGCAGAAAGCUAACGCCACUGCCAUCAUCGAGGUGCUGAAUAAGUACAAUGCGACUGCAAAUGAUGGAGAAUCGCUACCGUUUGCACCGUCGCCGGACAACGUCACGAGUUUCUCGAACUACACUGAUCGCCAGCUUCCUGGACGUUUUGCCGAAGUUUCAACCAUCUUAUCGCAAGUCGAUAACGAAGGCACUUCACUUGUUACGUAAAACCCAGCUGAACCAAACCAAACGGCUGUUGAUGUCUUCACACGAAGCAUUCCCACUUGCCCUGAUGCGCAAGGAGCGCUGUAAGUCGUCAUUAUCACCUCUCGUUUUAAGAUACUGACUCUUCUAUCAGUGCUCGGAGCAUCUUUAAUGUCCCCAUAUGGCGCGCUCGCUUUUCGGAGAAUGGCGAAAACCUGAACCCUUUGCCGUGGCUUCAUGCUUACCA